AAGAACGUAUAAAAACCAACAAGUUUUGAGUAACAGAGUUUAGUUUAAAUAAAUCAAGUGUUAAAGCAAUACAUAUUAAAUUUAAUAAUUUAUACAAAAUGAAAUUAAUAUUGGGAUUUACCGUAUUAUUGGCUGCUGUAUUUGUUAAUCAAAUCUCAGUUUCCAUGGCCACUACUGAGCCUGUUUGUGGCUAUAAAAAUUCCCAAGAUGAAACUGUUUUCUUGAAAUAUUUUCCCUACUCCAAGAAAGGUGAAGAAUAUGUGGACUUUGGUACGGAUGGCAAAUGUGUAAAGAAGGUCACCUGCUCGGAAACGUUUACAACGCAAAUUGAAGAAUGCAAAAGUUUCCCUGUUACUUGUCAAAAUAAAAAGAAUUACAAUGGUGUGUUCCCAGCUUGUUGUAUUAAAUGUUAAUCAGAUUGUUAAAGAUUAUUCAACAAUGAUUUAUUAAAUAAAUAAAAAUGAAGUAAAACAAA